UAGAAAAAGUUCCAUCAAACAGCCGCCAUUUUGCCUGUUUGAGGUCGCGUUCAAUUUUACACGAAAUCGUGUCGUGUACUAAUUGUCUGUUGUUAAAAGCAACCUUUUUGGAUAAAAAUAGUAUUGUAAAUGUGUAUUGUGUAAUAAUUUGACUCUAGUUUGUGAAGAGUUGUUCCCAAAUUGUGAUUAUUCUCGUUAUUUGUUUCGAGAUCGUUGUGCUAGGAGAUGAUGAUAGGCAAUCGCGAAGUGUAGUCGGCCGCCGGACUAGUCGGAGUUCAUGAUGGCCGAUGGUUGACUUUGGUUUGAUUAAUAUGUGCCUUGUGAGAUGCAUCGACUAUCGAACACUCGCUACAUCGACUAUUUCGCACCGUUUCCUCAGAUUACUGUCGAAAAAAUAAUGUUUUUAUACUUAAUUUUUAAGUAAACCAAGUGAAGUUAAAUUGGUCAGCCGCAGUUCUGAGCCAGAGCUUCGGCUUUGGCUUGUAAAGUAAGAGACUGCUCGACACCGAUAUGGCCGAUCAUCUUGUGGAUGGGCCGCCGAAUGCCAAAAGGCCGAAAUUAGACCCUUUUCCAGGACCAUCGGAUACAUCGGCUUUCAACAACUAUGGGUUGGGAUCCAUUCAAUCAGAUCAAGGUGGUGGUGUGUUCAAUCCUAGGAACCAGUGGAAUUUUGGCCAAACUCAAAAUGUGCUCUCCAACGUUGAUAUGAUGGUCUUGGAAAACGACCUACCCGAUGAACUAAUAUCCUCUUCAUCAUGGGGUCUUCCAGGAGAUGGCAUGAAUAAUGCCAAACCACCUGCCCAAGGACCCGGUCCGGGUGGUAUGCAAAACGGUAUUGAGAAUACCGAUUCAAACAAUUUAAGGCAAAUGCAGAUCAGUCACAUGUUGCAACAGAGUAACAAAGGACUUAGCAAUGCUUUGUUGGCGGGAGGUCAGUUAGGUAGCAAGAGUCCGAAUUUACAAUCUCCGCCCAACGUUUCGGUGGCAAAAAGUGGGCCCGUCGAUCAAAUGAAUCUGGGUAGCUUAGCUUCAAAUAUAUCAAACAAUUCUGGAUUGCAAUCCGUCGCUAACAAUGGAAGUUCGGCUCAAGUAAUGAGUUCAAUUCAAGGUAGACUUAACAAUUCAACCGGUGGAAAUAUGAUUAUGACAAACAGCAAUAUGAGCUCUAUCAGUGGCAUGGGCGGAGGAGGCUUAGUUGUCAGUAGCGGGGCUGUCGACAAAGCGCCCAAUCUCAUGUCAGGUCAGACACAUCAUUCGGGAGGACAUGUACCUCAGGGUCUUCAAAAUGGGCCGAUGCUUAACCGAUUGCCUCAAAUACACCAUAGAAAUCCCGGUCCACACGGUCUUCACAUAGGAGCCCGUCUCCAGAAUCCGAAUAUUAUCCUGCCUUCGCAUCCGAUCAAUUCGGGAAUGGCGGGGAAUCCUCCCUAUGCCUAUUCGAACUCCAACGUUGGACAGAACGUGCAGCCUGUCGGCGUAGUAACUCCCCAACAGAAAAUCAACAUCCCCGGCACUAGUCCGCGGUUCGGCGGUCCGCCCUCUGGGCCCGUGGGUUCGAUGGGCGGUCCCAUGGGCGGCGAGGGCGGCAUAGUGCAAACACAGCCGCCGGCGCCUUCUCCCGCGCAACCUCAAUCGGGCGCCCCAAGCGUGUCUCAGCCCGGACCUCAACAGGCCACACAAAAUCCUGCCAACCCGACCGGUCCCCCACCGGCCCCAUCUACUGAUCCAGAAAAACGAAAAUUAAUUCAACAACAGUUAGUUCUACUACUUCACGCUCACAAGUGUCAAAGACGAGAAUCAACCCAAGCAAACGGAGAGUCGUGGAAUUGCACACUGCCACAUUGUAAAACAAUGAAAAACGUACUUAAUCACAUGACCACGUGUAACGCCGGAAAAACCUGUUCCGUAGCGCACUGUAGUUCGUCGAGACAAAUAAUUAGUCAUUGGAAAAAUUGCGUUAGACAAGACUGCCCCGUAUGUUUGCCGCUGAAACAAGCUGAUAGAAAUAGGAACAACGCGGCGGCGGCCAAUGCGCCUCAAAACGCGGCGCAACCUCCUCAAGUCAAUACUUCCGAAGCUCAAAUAAGACGCACCUACGACACCUUAGGUCUUUCUGCGAGCGCUGCCGGUCCUGCUCCUUCCGGAGUCCUGCCAACUGGUGCUCAACCCAGACCCAACCUUAGAUUACCGGCGAACGCCAACCCGAACAUGCGGCUGGACAGGUGCGCCACUGGAAUUUUGAGAGGGAUGCCUCCCGGACCUCAAAACGUCGCUCCUAAUGUCAGUUUACCUCUCGGUAGCGAUCCUACUUCAAAUGUUAUCGGUCAAAAUCAAACACUCAAUCAGCAAGCUGCCACGUUUCAACAGAACGUUAACAAUGUUAUGAUAGGACUAGCCACUGGUGCCGAGGCCGCCAAUCAAGGAUUAGUCAGUCAAUUACCCGGUGGUUUACAGCCUGGCCAGGUAACUGCCUCUCCGGUUACGGGAACGAAAGAAUGGCAUCAGUCGGUAACGGCGGAUCUGCGCAAUCAUUUGGUGCAUAAACUUGUUCAAGCAAUUUUUCCAACGCCCGAUCCUGAGGCCCUGUUGGAUAAAAGGAUGCACAAUUUGGUCGCAUACGCGCGAAAAGUUGAAGGUGACAUGUACGAGAUGGCGAAUUCUCGCUCCGAAUACUACCACCUUUUAGCGGAAAAAAUUUACAAGAUCCAGAAGGAGUUGGAGGAGAAAAGACAAAAGAGAAAAGAGCUGCAGAUCGCACAGCAACGUCAGCACCAGCAACAACAGCAAGGGAUCCGACCCAACUGUGCAAUAAGGCCUGGAAUUCCUUCCGCAAUCGUUCAACCGCAACAAACUCUUCGCCCCAAUUCGCCGCCUCUAGGCGCGAACAACAUGGGCGGACUAGGAAUGUUAAAUCAACAAGGAAAUCAGAUGGUGUUUCCUGUGCAACAACAAGCCUCAACUCCACAACCAUGUUCGCAACAACAACAGCAAUCGAAUGUGGUGGGUUUACCAGGUCCGAGUCCUACCACCUCGAAUCCCGGUCUAUCGCCAUUCGGAAAUCCACUCUCUCAAGGAAGCACAACUUCCACACCAACUCAAUUCACCAAUAACGGUCCUAUCAGUUUACCUCAGGUUUCCCCAGCAGGCAAUCAACAGAAUCAGUUCGAUUUGUUGAAGAGUAACCGGGUCACGCCCUCUCCGUCUAGUUUCGUUCAACAACACACUCCUCAACCCCAACCAAAUACUCAAAGCAACAUGAACACUCCCAGCCAACAAAACGGUAAUAAUAGAUUAGGUAACAGCGAGGGUGGUGUGGCAACGCCGCACAAUAAUACCGGACCUAAAUCAGUUAAUUCCUCCAGAGGACCGUCUCCCGCACCUACUACUCCUAUCCAGGCGUCUCCUAGUGCCGCGGCCAGUCUGGGCAAAGGUAUGAGUUCGGCAGAACGAGCGGCGUUAAACGCGCCCAGGCAGUCGAACGUGUCGUCUCAAAUGGCAGCCCUGAUGGCCGCUUCGGAAUGCAACGAAGACUCUCCCCCCGCGUCGGACGGUAACAAAGGAAAAUUGGAACAAGUCAAAAUGGAACCGAUGGACGUUAAGCAGGAAAUGGAGGACUCGUCUUCACAAGCCGAAUGUUCGGGCGGCAAAAAUAUUAACAACGAUAUUAAGAUGGAGAUCAAGGAGGAAAAAGCGGAGCCCGCUGACGAUUCGGAAGUGUCCGUGAAGGAGGAGAAGCCUGUUAUUAAGGAGGAAGCUGGUGCUGAGGGUAGUGCUGAUAUUAAACCUUCGAUUGAUACAAGUUCCCAAUCGACAAGCGGCGAAGGGGGUAAAAGAAUAAAAGUAUUCAAGUCUGAUGAACUAAGACAAAAGCUGAUGCCUACUCUGGAAAAAUUGUACAGGCAGGAUCCUGAAAGCGUACCUUUCAGGCAACCUGUAGAUAUUCAGACGUUGGGUAUUCCCGAUUACUUCGAUAUUAUUAAGAAACCGAUGGACUUGUCAACUAUUAAGAGAAAAUUAGAUAUUGGCAAAUAUCAGGAUCCUUGGGAGUAUGUGGAUGAUGUAUGGCUUAUGUUCGAUAAUGCUUGGCUGUACAAUAGAAAAACUAGUCGGGUGUAUAGAUAUUGUACCAAGCUAUCAGAGGUGUUCGAACAUGAAAUAGAUCCUGUAAUGCAAUCGAUGGGGUAUUGUUGUGGUAGGAAGUAUACCUUUAAUCCUCAGGUUCUCUGUUGUUACGGUAAACAAUUAUGUACCAUUCCGAGAGACGCAAAAUACUACAGCUACCAAAACAAUUUAAAAGCUUACGGCCUUGGUUCAGAUCGGUACACCUUUUGUCAGAAGUGUUUUAAUGACAUUCAAGGAGACACUGUCACAUUGGGCGACGAUCCUACUCAGGCUCAAACUGCCAUUAAAAAGGACCAAUUUAAAGAAAUGAAAAAUGAUCACCUCGAGCUAGAAGAAUUCGUUCAUUGCACGGAUUGUGGUAGAAAACUUCAUAAAAUUUGUGUACUUCAUCACGAGGCGAUCUGGCCGCAAGGAUUCACGUGCGAGGAGUGUUUAAAAUUAAAAAAUCUUAAACGGCGUGACAACAAAUUUAAUGCCAAACGGUUGCCCAUAACAAAUCUAGGUUUAUACAUCGAAAAUCGAGUCAAUGUCUUCCUAAAAAAGAAAGAGGCCGGAGCGGGCGACGUUCAUAUUCGUGUGGUGUCAAGCAGCGAGAAAGUGGUUGAAGUCAAACCGGGCAUGCGUAGCAAAUUCGUGGAGUCUGGCGAACUGUCGUCCGAAUUUCCGUACCGGGCCAAGGCCCUGUUUGCUUUCGAGGAGAUCGACGGCGUGGACGUGUGUUUCUUCGGCAUGCACGUGCAAGAGUACGGCAGCGAAUGUCCUCCACCCAACACCCGCCGCGUCUAUAUAGCCUAUCUGGACUCUGUGCAUUUUUUCAAACCCAAACAGUUCAGGACAGCGGUCUACCACGAAAUUUUGUUGAGUUACUUGGACUAUGUGAAACAAUUAGGUUACACCAUGGCCCACAUUUGGGCGUGUCCACCUAGCGAGGGGGACGAUUACAUCUUUCACUGUCAUCCGCCCGAUCAGAAGAUUCCCAAGCCGAAACGGUUGCAAGACUGGUACAAGAAGAUGCUCGAUAAGGCUAUCAGCGAGCGAACCAUUUUGGAUUAUAAAGAUAUACUCAAACAAGCGAUGGAGGAUAAUCUUCGAUCGGCUGCGGAUCUGCCUUAUUUCGAGGGAGACUUCUGGCCGAACGUGUUGGAGGAGAGUAUUAAAGAACUGGAUCAGGAGGAGGAAGAGAAAAGGAAACAGGCGGAGGCUGCUGAGGCUGCGAUAUUUUCAUCGAUGGAAGAGAGCGAAGUGGGUCCCGAUGGGAAAAAGAAGGGCCAAAAGAAGGCGAAGAAAAACACUAAAUCCAAAGCAAACCAAAGAAAAAACAGUAACAAAAAGUCGAACACUCCUCAGACUGGCAACGAUUUGUCGACGAAGAUAUUCGCGACCAUGGAAAAACACAAGGAGGUGUUUUUCGUAAUUCGGUUGCAUUCCGUGCAAUCCGCGGCAAGUCUUAAGCCCAUUCAGGACCCCGACCCGUUUAUAAAUUGCGAUCUCAUGGACGGACGCGACGCGUUCCUCACGCUAGCCCGAGAAAAACACUUUGAAUUUUCGUCGUUGCGCCGGGCCAAGUACAGCACCAUGUCCAUGCUGUACGAGCUGCACAACCAGGGACAAGACAAGUUCGUGUACACGUGUAACGAGUGCAAGGCGCACGUGGAGACCCGCUACCACUGCACCUUCUGCGAGGAUUUCGACUUGUGCAUUCAGUGCUACGAGAAGGUGGGCCACCAGCACAAAAUGGACAAGCUCGGCCUGGGCCUGGACGACGCCAGUUCCCCCAGCGAUAACAACAAAGCCAAUCCGCAGGAAGCGAGAAAAUUAUCGAUACAGAGAUGUAUUCAGUCUCUGGUGCACGCUUGUCAGUGCAGAGAUGCGAACUGCCGCUUGCCGAGCUGUCAAAAAAUGAAACGUGUGGUUCAGCAUACGAAAAAUUGUAAGAGAAAAACCAACGGCGGCUGUCCUAUUUGUAAACAGCUCAUCGCUCUCUGUUGUUAUCAUGCCAAAAAUUGUCAAGAAACAAAGUGUCCUGUGCCAUUCUGUCCCAACAUCAAGCACAAACUAAAGCAGCAACAACUGCAGCAUAGGCUGCAACAAGCGCAGAUGCUGCGACGCAGGAUGGAGGUUAUGUCACGCACCACGCCGCAAGCGAACGCUUUGGCCAAUCCGGGCGUGGGCAUGGGAGGCGCGGGGCAGCAGGUCCUUCCGGGUGCGAUCAGUCCAGCCGGAGGGAUCAGCUCGGGUAAGGGUAUGCCGAAUCCAUCGAUGGGCAUACCCUCGCACCAACCGGGUAUCGGCUUGAAGCCUGGCACUCAGACUCCACCUGCUAACGUUCUCCAGGUCGUGAAGCAAGUGCAAGAAGAGGCUGCCAGGCAGCAAGCGCCCCACGUCGGAUAUGGCAAAGGCGUGCCGGGGCAAGUGCCCGGCCAGAACAUGCCGCCACCCCCCAUGAGGGGUAUGCCGGGUCAUUUGGCCGCCAAUCAAGGCGGUAAUCUGCUGCCCAUGGAACAAUGGCAACAGCGGUAUCCGGGCGGUGUAGCUCCCUCCGGCAUCAGACAGUCAGCUGGUCCGGGGAUGAACCCUGCUGCGGCCGCUCAAAUGGGCGGCGGUCCGCCCAACGUGCAAACGGGGGCGGGUGUGCAGCCGGGCGCCGUUCGACCUGGAGGCGUGGCCGGAGGAGCUGGAGCACCGGGAGGGGCGAUGGGCAACCCGGCGGCUGCAGCAGCCGCUGCAGGGAACAUGCACCAGAAGCAGGCCCUACAGCAACUGAUGCAGACACUGCGGUCGCCCCACAGUCCCGAUCAACAGCAACAGAUCCUCACUAUACUCAAGUCGAAUCCCCAGUUGAUGGCUGCAUUUAUUAAACAGCGACAGCAGGUUCAGCAAAUGCAGGCAAGUGGGGGUAACCCACCGCCGCAACAGCUUCAACACAUGCUAAGUCAAAACCCCGUCGGUCAGCAACACCCGAACCGUUUGGCCAUGCAGGGCAACAUGCUCAAUCCCGGCCAGCCUGGGCUCAACCAAGUGCCGGGCGGGCCCGGACAGUCUAUGGCGCAGUCCCAACAGCAACAACAAUGGUACAAGCAUCAACAGCAAUUGCUAGCGAUGCAACAACGUCAACAGCAACAGGUGGCGGCGCAGCAGCAGCAACAACAGCAGCAGCAGGGCGGUUUCCAGCAACCGGGCGCCUACCAGCAGAGGAUGCCCGGCAUCAGGCCGCCGCCUCAUAUAGGCUAUAACAACGCGUUCAACGACCAGUACGCGCCGAUGCAGGGUCUGAAACCGACGCCGCCCCCUGUGCCGUCGCCCCAGGGCAUGAUGGGGCCACCACAGGGACAGGGUAUCUCGUCGGCGGUGCAGCAACAGCUGAUAAGCGUCAGAAGUCCGCCGCCUAUAAGAAGUCCCCAACCGAGCAUGUCAAGACCGUCGCCUUCCCCGCGCACUCAGCCCGUAGCGAGUCCCCGCGGGCCCCAGCCCUCGCCCCACGAUCUCGCCUCCUCCGAGAUGCUGCUCGGCGGCCAGAACCACUCGGGCGGGCUUCACCCGCACGUCAGUCCCGCCUCGGCCGCGUCCAACCAAGACGAGCUCCCGCCGAUGACGCCCCAAGACCAGCUCAGCAAAUUCGUGGAACAGCUUUAGUGGUGCCGUGCAAUCUUGACCUCCUGCAGGACGACGGUUCCUAACGAAUGACGGUUUGAACACGGUCAGGAUAAAGGAGUCGGUGGCGACAGGAAACAGGCUAGAGGAUAGAACUUUAGCCGCAAUAUGUAUAUGAUCCGACUCAGAUCGCGCCAACAGCGGCAAGAAUUCUAUAUAAUUAUUUUUCGAGGUUCGAAAACAGAACAAGUGAUAUAAAAGUAUGCCCCUAAUGAGCAGCUAUGUACAUAUUAUAUAUAUAUAAAUACAGUUUUAAAGGUUUUGUACAUAUGUUUGAUAAACGAUUGUACCAUAUUGUGAAUAUUUUUUAGUAAAAGAUUAAUUAUUAAGUGAGAUACGGAGAAAAAUACCUAAAAGUAUUUUGGGCUUUGCGUGAGGCUGUGUUUAAUUAUGGAUUGUUACCCGCCCCGCCUACUGGAGGCAUAGCUGCGCAACUGUUUGCUCGUUUAUUAUUUUUUUUACUGUGACUUUUUAGUGACGCUGUAUAGAAAAUAGAAUAAUAAGUGCCGGCCACCAGCCGGUUGCUAAUGUGAUGGCGGCCGAGGUCUCCCGCGCGGGGAGGCUCAGGCCCCCGUUUGUUUUUAUAUAAUAUAUUUAUAAUUUAUAUAUAUAUCGUCUGUUUUUCAUGUGUUUUACAUUCCACAAGCUAUGUGGAGUCCGUGUGCAAGUGUGCGCUGGCGUAUCCCCGACAAUCUUACCCAAGCCAGUGCAAUAAAAUUCAAAAAGCAAACCGAGAGAAACUUAUUCGACACUCCCUCCUAAUUUAUUACUUGAACAUACAUAAAUUAGAAUAAAUUAGUGUUAAGUAUUAUAUAAAAGAAAUAAACCUUAUUUAAAAAA